GUGGAGAAAUAAGAAAUGACUAGAAACUAACAAAAGCUGGCUAUAUAAGCUUGUCCACUACUAAUGGGUCCACCAGAUUCAAACCGUCUACUAUCGACUGCAGGACAGCAAGCAACUCGACUCUGAUUUUCACCAUGAAUAUUUCAAACCCAGGAAAAGGUUUAGUGAUUUCGGCCUGUAUUAUUUUGCUGCAACUAUCGAUUUGUUGCGUCUAUCCAGUACGUUCUUUUUCGACUGACAGCAGGAGUCACUCACCGAAGACAUUGUCCAACACCCAACGGGUCAUCCGCAACAAUCCGACUUCGACAAAGAAUUACCCAAAGAAUCAAACAGCAACUGAUCCCAUCACUCCUACAAACGAAUCCUUCACGCCAACGAUUGCCAACUUUCCUGCAUUGAAAACGGACGUCGUUGACGGCGGGUUAUCCACGAGCAAAGGUGAAUCUAAUUCUCCCAUAAAAAGUGGAUUUCAGGAGGCCGAACAGUCCGCCUCACCAUUGAACAUCGACACAUCCAAUUCGGAUUCGGUAGAGGACGCGUCUCCAUCCUUUCAACAAAUUACAGACGACACUAAAACGAAUUCAGAUGACAUUAAGACUAGCCAAGUUCUAGAGGAUCCUUCCGUAGAUACCAAAAUAGAAGCAGAACCUUUCCUCACUAUCCUGGUGAAUACGCCACCUCAAAUUCAGACAGAAGCACCGGAACCGUCAUCUGUUGCACCUCCAAAGUCCGUAGACAUUCCACACGCCUAUCCACUUGUACGUGCCCCAUCGGCUCCAUCGUCCUACCCGAUCACCCCUCUAUCUCUGCUGCCACUUGAACCUGCCAUACCACAUCUUUCUUCUAUACCAUCAUCAGACAAAGUCCUGAUCAGCCCUUCAGGCGAAGCUCUGAACCAUUCAGCGCUAACAUCAGAGGUUCUUCAAACGCCCGCCAAUCUAAGCGUUCUUCCCUUAAACCCACCCAAAUCGAUGAAAAUCGAAUUAAAUUCGUAUGCUGGCCAAGGCGCUCUCUACAAGGCACUGCCUCCCUUCUAUGGGAUCAUCUACCCUGUCUCGCAUUCGAUUUUACCUUAUCCGUUUAGCCAACAGAUUCAGUUCGAGCAGCCGAAAAAUAAGCCAGCCACUUCUUAUGGUCCUCCUCGGCCCACCUACGCUCAACGUGCAAACGAUAAUUAUGAGCGCCCGUUCGGAUAUCCUCCCACAGCAAGGGCUUUGGGAUUCCCGCCCAUAUCCAACACUCACGAUAACUUGCGCCGCGAAGUCAACUGGUACCGAGUCGGUCGGUCUUAUCAUUGAGCUGGCUUUGCUUAAUCGCGGAUUUUGGCUCAGUUUUGUUUCAUUGAAUUUUUACUGCAUAAUCAACGAGAGUGUAUAUAUACUGUGAAACAUUUUCAUGCGAAGACUUUUCCAGGUCAUCCAUUGCAUUGUGCAUCCAAUAUGUGUAUGGCUUUAUGAAGAUACUCUUAUCUGCGUUUUGAAUUUUGUUAUGGUGAUCAAAUAUAAACAUAUGUUUAUAAGAUA